AUGGGUCUCUUUAGUUUCACGGGUCCCAGGCAGGGAGCCAAAAUUCCGACUUUUGAAUUGGCUCCACAACCUGACUCGACAGAUUUGAGAAUACGAUCGCUUCUAUAUUUGUUCAAGAGGCUACGAAUCAACAAGCUCGCUGCAUUCCCUAGCUCGGACGGGUCGUUCAAAUACACGGAUAGCGUUACCCAAGACGACCCGUCACUUUCUCCCAAACUCGACAGCUUGUACAAUUUGGAGAAAUUUACCCUGAUUCUCGUUUCUGACCCUCAAAGAGUGCUUAUUGACUUCCCCAAGAACAAAUUUCGAGCCUUUUGCAUACUUUCCGAACUACCGAGCGCCAAUUUCUCGAGGCCUCUGUCUCCUGUAAAGGGGAUACUGUCAGAUAGGAGUGAUUUCGAAAAUGGCUUUCCCAUAUUUGUCGACACUAGGGGGAGGAGGGUACAGAACUAUGCUUUCUCACUACUUCCUUCGGGACAUCAAGUCAGCAUUCGUGAAUUGUCAACAAUGUUGGCCAAUUCGUUGAUCUACACAGAACACCACUCAUACGUUCCAUUUGCUGCCCGAUUCUCUGCUGCCAAGAGCUCUAUACAGAAAGUUUCAACUAUGGAGCUCACAGACGAUUCUGUUUGCCGCUUAAGCGAGGCAUUCAAACAUGCCAUUGUAUUUGAAUACUUGAAGGAAUUGGCGUUUUUGGUGCAAUUGUUGCGAAUUUAUGAUGAAUACGUCAAGAAAAGUGCUUCUUCGACGCCGCCUUCGAUACACACUAGUCUGACGCCUAUGUCUCUGCCUCAGACAUCUCCCAAAAAGGCGGCCCCCUCUUUGACUCCAAAAAAGUCCACCGCUAACCUCAAAGGAGAACGUACACUUAAAGCCCGUCCAUCGAUUUCCAACUUCAGAUCAAAUGAACUUUACAAUCCUGUUACUUCGCCUCAAAAGAAGUCUUUGAAGGCCACAUCCUACAGCUCCCCUCGUGACAUAUAUGGCAGAGAGAUUGUUCAAGACUUAUGGGAUAAGUGCAAAAACUCAAUCCGCACAAAGCUUGAACAUGAAAGACUGCGUAUUGAAGCCAAUGGAAAAGACUUUUGA